GUGCAGUUGUUUGACAAGACGAAUCAGUGGAAGUGCUCAGACGGAGUUACGGGGCGAAUUCCAAGCUUCGACGAAAUCGAAGCGGGCAUUGACGCUUCGGCUCUGCUUUCACCCGUUGAGACACCGCUGCCAGCACAAAAUGGUGAUGCUCUCGUGGAAGACAUCAAGCAGCUUAUCCAAAAUCGAGAGAUGGCACGGGGAAACAAGGACUUUGACCAGGCAGACAAGAUCAGGGCAGAUCUUCAGGAGCUCGGUGUUGAGCUGCUCGACAAAGAGAAGCUUUGGAAGUGCUGCUCGGCUCGGCUGCAGGGGAUCAUCACUGGCUUCCGUGCACAUGAGCUGAGUGACGUGGAAGUCACGACUCUGGUCCUACAAAGAGAGAAGGCCAGGAUGGGAAACGACUACGAGCUUUCGGACAUGAUUCGGGACGAGCUCAAGAAUCGUGGGGUGACCAUCGAUGACAAAAGAAAAACCUGGUCCUGCGCGGAUGGCCGCUCUGGGGCAGUGCCGAGUUGGGGUUCGCUCACAGGAGGUGGUGAGGCAGCUCCUGGUGCGGCUGCGCAGCAGCAACCUGCAAGCAAGCCGGGCGACAGGCCCGGCUGGCCGUCCCUACAGUGGAGGAGGAGUUGGUCUCGCUGGCGGUCGCAGCAGCGAGAAAUCCGGACACCGCCACAAGAGCUUUGCACGCCCUUCGCCAGGCCACACCAAGUCUCAGGCCCGGCCUAUACCUUCAGGGCGACCUCACGUGUCGCAAGCGCCAAUAGGAAGCCGGAGAUGCAGCAGGCCCUGCAGCUUAUCAAGCGAACCAGGGACGGGCUAAUGCUAGCGGACCACGAGAUCGAAGGGCUCGUUGCCACACGUGAGCGCUUUCGUAUGGCCAAGGAUUAUGCGAGCUCAGAUGAGCUUCGAAAGGAGCUGCAGUCUGUUGGUGUUGAGCUGCUGGAGAAAGAGAAGAAGUGGACCUGUACGGAUGGACGUCAAGGAGCAAUUCCACUCUGGAGCAACAUCGGCAUGGGCAUGUAA